AUGGAGUUAAUAAAUUCAACAUAUAAUCAAAGUGGCAGAGACGUAAAUGUGACGGCAGCGCAUGUCAAUGACAGUUACUUUGAUUCAAGUGACAGUUUCGCCAGCGUUUCCUCCAGCGUACGCAACGUCAUCAACGUUUUCAUGGUCCCUGCGCUCUGCGUCAUCGGCUUCGCUGGCAAUGUGGUCAACGUGCUGGUCUUGAGGAGAUACGGCUACAAGGAGUCUAACAUUUUAUUUCUCACGUCAAUGUCUCUGGUUGAAAUGACGCUAACUUGGCUGAACGCCAUUCUGUCGUUGGGAGACAUACUUAAAUAUAUUGAUUUCACAGCGGCACUUCGCGUCGGUGCGUUCACGGCUAUUUAUUUUAACGUACCCCGACAGAUCGUCAUUUCCAUCAAUGUGUGUCACGUGACGACCAUCGCCGUUGAGCGCGCCAUCGCAGUUUGCUUACCUUUCCAAGCAACCAGGCUGUUCUCGAUUUCCAGAAUCAAAAAGCGUUUGAUAUUCAUUUACAUAUUUCCGUCUGCUACCCUUUUCCCGGCGCUGUUCAUGUUGGAACACAAGUGGAUAUACAGCCCAGUGUUGAACGCAACACUCAUAGUCCCAGUCGAGACUCAGUUUUAUAAGUCUAACAGAGUGUCUAUAUCUACUUACAUGAACGUGCCAGGGAAUCUGUUCUCAACAUUUAUCCCCGUGAUCAUCAUCGCCUGCAGUCUUAUAGUCAUUUUGAAACUUUUCCAGAGGAAGCUCAGUUUUUCCACCAAAACAAACAGCAAGAAAGUGAAAGGACAACAGGGAAUGAAGAUCCUUCUUUCUGUCUGUUUGGCAACGAUUUUUAUCUCCAUCCCAGGCAUUUCUCUUCUCAAAUACUGCCAGUUUACAAACUUAACUUCCGGGGAUUUGUACAACCUUUUUAAUGAUAUUAGCAAGCUGCUAUCUCAACUCCACGCUUCUACAGACUUUUUCAUUUAUGUCACUAUGAGCAGCAAGUUUUUGAAAAUCUUCAAAGAACUCUUGGAAAUUUCGUAG